UUCACAUUUCUCUGGGUUUUUUUUAUUCCUGUGUUAUUCUGUAUACCCCUAAUGUUACACAUUUCUUUGGUUUUUUUUAUUCCUGUGUUAUUCUGUAUAGUCCUAAUGUUACACAUUUCUCUAAUGUUUUUUUUUUAUUCCUGUGUUAUUCUGUAUACUCCUAAUGUUUCACAUUUCUCUAAUGUUUUUUCUAUUCCUGUGUUAUUCUGUAUACCCUUAAUGUUUCACAUUUCUCUGUUUUUUUUAUUCCUGUGUUAUUCUGUAUACUCCUUAUGUUUCACAUUUCUCUGGUUUUUUUUUAUUCCUGUGUUAUUUUCUAUACUCCUAAUGUUUCACAGUUCUCUAAUGUUUUUUUCUAUUCCUGUGUUAUUCUGUAUACCCCUAAUGUUUCACAUUUCUCUGGUUUUUUUUAUUCCUGUGUUAUUCUGUAUACUCCUAAUG